CCGGCACUGCCCAACUUAUCCUUUCGUUCGACACUUGUAGUCAUCGGAUAAUGCAAUAUAAAAUUAUUCUGGCCACCAUUUUCAAUAAAACUGAAAUUAAAAAUUAAAAUUGCAUAUAUUUCGAUGCCAUCUCCUUGCCUGUAUUCGUUGACUUCAAUGCUCCAGCAAUAAGCGUCACGCCCGCCAUUAUUGCCGGUAUCACACCCUUUACACGUCACUUUCAAAGAUCAAAGCCAUCUUAGCUCUUCGAUCAUACACUCCAGAAAAUUCAAAGAUUACUAGCAGUGUCUGCAAUGGCGGAUCAUAGUGCCCAGAUUCAUUUUGUUCUUGUCCCUUUGAUGUCUCCCGGGCAUCUUAUUCCCAUGGUGGACAUAGCCAAAUUACUAGCACGCCACAACGUUGUCGUUUCCAUAGUCUCCACGCCCCUCAACACUCCCAGAAUCAAAGCCGCCGUUGAUUUCGCCGUCGAAUCCGGCCUAAAGAUCAGGCUUCUGGAGCUCGAGUUCCCGGCCGCUCAGGCCGGCCUGCCGCCGGGAUGCGAAAACAUGGACUCCCUGCCGUCGCGCGACAUGAUCAAGAAUUACUUCGAAGCCGCCGCCAUGUUGCAGGAACCGUUCGAGAGACUGUUCCAGGAUCUGAAACCUCGUCCCAGAUGCAUAAUCUCCGGGAAGAAUCUCGCCUGGACGGUCGAAACCGCCCGCAAGUUUAACGUUCCCAGGCUGUUCUUCGACGGCAUGGGGUGUUUCUCUUUUGCAUGCACACAGAGUCUCCACAGUUCAAGAAUCCACGAAACUGUUUCCAGGUUUGAACCAUUUACAGUGCCCGGUUUGGCUCACAGAAUCAAGUUGACCAGAGCGCAGCUCCCGGAAGCCCUAAAUCCAGGCUCAGAAGACCUGAUUGAUGUUAGAAACAAGAUAGUCGCGGCAGAAUCUAUAUCAGAUGGGAUCAUAGUAAACACUUUUGAGGAACUGGAACAAGAUUAUAUACAAGAAUUCAAGAAAACCAAAGGUACAAGAGUCUGGUGCAUUGGCCCAGUUUCAGCCUGCAACAAAUCAGAAACGGAGAAGAUAACAAGAGGAAAUGCCAAUGCCAAUCUCCCAACACAAAAACACCCAUGCCUGGAAUGGCUUGAUAACCAAGAACCAAAAUCCGUGGUUUAUGCCUGUCUUGGGAGCAUCUGUGGGCUGUCUGCUACACAGCUUAUAGAAGUUGGGUUAGGCUUAGAAGCCUCAAAUUCUCCCUUCCUAUGGGUCAUAAGAGGAGGCGAAAAAUCAAAGCACUUGGAGAAAUGGAUCCAAGAAGAGAAAUUUGAAGAGAGGACUAAAGGGAGAGGCUUCAUAAUCCGCGGCUGGUCCCCGCAACUCCUUAUCCUGUCCCACCCCUCCACGGGAGCGUUCUUGACACACUGCGGAUGGAACUCGACUCUAGAAGGCAUCUGUGCCGGGAAACCAAUAAUCACAUGCCCGUUGUUCGCGGAACAGUUCAUCAAUGAGAGGUUGAUUGUGGAUGUAUUAGGAAGUGGUGUUAGUGUGGGAGUGAAAGCCGCUGUUGCCUGGGGGAUUGAAGAGAAAUCUGGGCUGGUAAUACUGCGGGAGGAUGUGAAGAAUGCUGUAGAAAAUGCAAUGGAGAAGAGCCAUGAAGCAGAGAGAAGAAGGGAAAAGGCAGUAGAGAUUGCAGAAAUGGCAAAGAAAGCCACUGCAGAAGAGGGAUCAUCUUAUCUUAGUAUAAAAGCUUUAAUCCGAGAUGUAAUGCAAGAAACUAGCAGCUUUUAGCUAGCAACCUGGAUGGUAUACAAUUAGCAAUUCCAUAUUUUCAUUCUCUCC